AUGGCGCAUCUGGCAGCUCAUGCCUCGAGCCGGAUUCAGUCACUCUCGCUCACCCGCUGCACAUCGAUCACGGAUGCGGGAUUCCAAGCAUGGGCGCCGUUCAACUUUGCCAAACUUACUCAGCUUUGCCUCGCAGACUGCACCUACCUUUCGGACAAUGCGAUUGUGGCGCUGGUCAACGCAGCCAAGAAUCUCACGCACCUCGACCUGUCGUUUUGUUGCGCGCUCACAGAUACGUCGACCGAGGUGGUGGCGCUGGGCCUGCCCCGGCUGCGUGAGCUGCGCCUGGCAUUUUGCGGCAGCGCCGUGAGCGACGGGAGCCUGGGUUGCAUCGCGCUUCACCUCAACGACCUCGAAGGGCUCAGCGUCCGCGGCUGCGUGCGGGUCACGGGCGCAGGCGUGGAGAACGUGCUGGACGGGUGCGCGUCGCUUAGGUGGAUCGAUGCGAGCCAGUGCCGGCACCUGGAGCAGUGGGUGCGCGGCGGGGGCGUUUCGCGCUGGGGCUACGAUGAGCGGGCCCAGGCGGAGGGGCGAGGCGCCGGCCGCGGGGCCGCCGACGGCAAGGACGCGUCCACUUCGCCGCCGCUAUUGCCGGCGGUGACGAUGGGAAGGCCGUUUGGGAGGGGAUUUGGGCGAGCGAGGAAGGCGAGGAAGCCGGUCCAGUUCAUUCUAGAAAAGGGCGGGCAAGGCCUCAGGUAA